AUGGAUUUUCUAUCGAACAGUCGAUUUCUCGGGCUCGUAGCUUUGGGCUGCGGGGUGUAUGUUGGGCGGGAAGUACACAUGAUGUAUUUCAGUGAAAAACCGUGGGACAGAAAACAGCACGGUUAUGAAAGAUAUCCUCCGCGUGGAAAUUUCCCUGAUUUGCGCCUGCACAACAACAUAAUGGCGAAUCAUCUCACGCCAGACUUGUAUGAGUCGUUAAGGUAAGCUUGUAUACCAGAGACUGAAAAGUGGCGUGAACUUACCCUAAAGUUUAGGCCGGAAGGUCAAUUUAACAACGUUAAUGUGAAAUUCCAACUAAAGAAAUCGCAACAUAGUAAGGCUGAGAAGUGACUGUAAUGAAGAAAAUUGUUUUUAUAAAAAUAACGCGUUAGAUUCACAUAACUGGUAUAUGACAAAUAAGACCACAUGCUAAUAUUUGAACUGAGAGGUGGUAGUUGAUUAAAGGAAUAUGAAACUAUGAACAGAUGAAGAUUUGUUUCCUCACGGGUAUAAAGAAGGUAAAUUUUAAAGGAAACAAUGGUGCUUCGUCGAUAGGGGAUAUUGCAAGAUGAUUUGGUUUUAUCACUGAGUUGAGCGUCAUCCCUUCGUCUUUCGUCCUGAUUGAUUUUAUUGAAAACUGAAAUUCUUCCGUUCCUUCCCACUUCCUCGUCCUUUGCGGAAGUUUUAAUCUAAAUUUGAUAUAAAAAGAAAAUAAUUUUAAUUAAGAUAUACUUCAUUUAAGAAGAAACAAGACAAUAAAUUUGCGUUUAUUGAAUUAAGAGGAUGUCAAUGGGGUUAGCCACUAGCUGUGAAAUGGCCAAAAUUUUUAACUGUUGACCAUAAAAGCCAUCAUCCCGGUGAGACCUUUAAUUUUAUGGUUCAAAAUCUGAGCUCUUAAGCAUUAAGCAUGCUAUAGAGCUCAGUUUUAGAAAGUACAAAAAUAACAUCGAAUAGCGGGAGUUAAUUAUAUCGUUUAUCAUUGUUCACUUCGAUUGAUUUAACAGACACAAAGAAACACUCUGCGGUUUCACGUUAGACCAAGCUAUUCAAGUCGGUGUGGACAAUUUGGGGGUUCCAUGGCAACAAGCAUCCGGGAUAAUAGCGGGAGACAGCCAUUCAUACGAGGUGUUUGCACCAUUGUUUGAUGCUAUAAUCGAAGAGUACCAUGGACAUAAAAAAAGGAAUCUUCAUCCAAGGGAUAUGGACAGUCAUAAGAUCGAUGAAGGACAACUGGACAGUGAUUAUGUGCUGUCUAUCAGGCUGCACGCUCGACGCUCCCUACGGGGUUAUGCUUUGCCGGCAGGGUGUUCCCGCAGCACAAGAAGGAUCCUUGAGGACCUUAUUUACGCGAUACUCACGCGACUGGGAGGUGAGUGGGGGUGAGGUGAAGGACACUCACAGUAGGUUCCCUAGAAACCUAAAAACCUUAGAAAAAGAAUGACAAGAACUUGUGGCGUCUUAGACUGAAAUUUCCGAUUUUUCUUUUUUUUGUAGGUGAAUUUGCUGGUGAGUACAAGCCACUUGCCGAAUUUUCAGACUCAAAGCGGGGUUCUCUCAAUCUGCCAUCGCAUCCCAAGUCACCAGUAAUCACUUGCUCAGGGCGUGCCCGAGACUGGCCUGAGUCACGUGGUAUCUUUUGUAGUAAGGACUGCACCUUUGUUGUGUUCGUAAAUCAAGACGAUCACCUGCAGUUUAGGUGCUAUGAUAUAGGAGGGAACCUUCAAGCGGUGUUCGAUAAGUUGGUUCGAGGCCUGGCCGCGUUUGAACGAGAACUAAAGAAGUCUGGGGAAGAGUUCAUUUGGGACGAUCACCUCGGUUACAUAGUGUCGGACCCAAUCCAUCUCGGUACUGCACUCGAAGUCAGAGUUCGCGUUAAACUGCAUCACUUAUCCACGGUAAGUCAGAUGCAGCGACUUUUGACUUCUCACAUUUUGUUUAAGCAGGAAUUAUAUUUUCGAUCACUCGGACUGGCUUUUUGGUUUACAAAGAAGAUUUUGACUUACUAUGUAUCUUCUUUUAAAUCUCCUAUCGAAGGAUUCAAGACUUCGAUGGAUACUAAAAGCCUACAAAUUAGAAAAGAAGAGGACUGGUAAGUAGGGGAAAGGCAUUAUUUUCUUUUCCAGUCUCAGUCGAGUGAACUCGGAGGGGUCUGGACUCUAUCUUGGAGGGAGGCCUCUAUAUUUGUAGCAUCCGUCACUCGGGAAAAGUACGACAAUGCUCAUGAAAAAAAACUCAAUCUUGAAGAAAUUUUUAAAUGGGGGAAGAUUUCCAUUGUUCUUAAUCCAUUAGUCGAACAGUUAAGCUUAGUUAGUUAUGGACUGUCCUUUAAUUCUUCUGCCAAAAGUAACAGAAUUACGGCGAAAAAUCCCAGUUUGUCCGAGCAAUUUCCUUAACACACCCUCUCUCUCUCUCUCUCUCUCUCUCUCUCGCUUUCUUAGAUAUCGUAAUUUCUCUCCUGGUCCGGUUCCAGGUUACACGCGGUCUCCAAAGCAAGAGAGACCUCUUAAGCCUAGCAACUAGAUUACAGCAAGAAAAUUAUGUACAAACAUUCCAUCUGUAGCUAUUUUAAGAUCUGUGUCCUGCCACCGACAAUUUCAUUUUUCCUCAGCACCUUACUGCGUUUUGGGCCAAUCAUAGGUGAAUCUCUUCUUUUAUUUUCACAGGCCUUUCAAAAGGAGAAAUGUUGGCUGGAAUAAUGUAUCUUCAUAACACUCAGACUCUGGGUGUGUCUGAAGUAAGUUCAUGUCACUGUAAUGUUUGAUCGAUCCCCUUCGAUAAUAAUAAUAAGAAAGUCGGCUUACGCAAGAGGUUAAACUCAAAAUAAAAACAUAAAUAAACUCAAAGUGACUUAAAUGUUUCCGAAUCUUGGGUGUUAACGUAGGUUAGGAACAAUUAAAGAAAUAAUCAACGGCACAGAGUAAAGCCUGAUAAAAGAAUUCAGGCGUCAAAGGAAAUCUCUUUCGCAAGGUUGUAUUUUUGCUCCGAAUGAGCCUGGGAAUGAUCAUCUUUGACCCGUGUAUCCUAGGUCCCGCUCGGUUACUAUUUGCAAACAUCAGUCCUGUUCAGUAGAACGGGUCAAAUAAUACUUGAAGGAAAAUCAUACCUACUGACUAUUUGUUUGUCCUAACGCAGUAUGAUUCCUUGUCCUCUUUCACCAUCCUAUUUGCUGACCAAGAGCCAUAAAUAAUUAAGAGUUGGCCAUCCUCUCAACAAUCUUUUUCUCUCUUCUUAGGUGAAUUCUAUCCGGCAGUUAUGUGAUGCAGUUAAACGGCUUAUUGAGCUAGAGCGCAUGCUUGAACAAGGACAGGAUAUUGAAGAUGCUUUACCCCUCCCCCCGGUUCCUGUGGGAAAAUUAAUCAGAUUUGACACUUUGGGAUCCUAA